GGGUCGGAGGUUCGCCAUUUUGAAUUUUCGGUCUGACGAGGGGGAGCGCGCAUGCGUACAGCGGCGCCCGCACCCUGACUAAGGGCCGGACCUCAGCAAGUGUGAUGUCAAAAAACACGUUAUUCUUUCCCCUCAUUCCAGUAACCCAGUACGUCUUAAUAAAAGAGAUUAUUCAUAUAAGCUGGCAUCCCUUUUAAACGAACAACAUUUACACGUUUACAUGCAGUCGCGUUCGGUGCAGUGACUGUGAUACGCCUAUCCGGAUAAGCUUUUGAUAGCAGUGAUAAAAAUUGCAUAAACUUUGUUUCUUUCACAGUGCGGAUAUUUGUAGUUAUUUAUAUUAUAAGAUAAGACUAUGUAACGAACCAUUCAGACUAUGUGAUAUCUAGAUGUGACCAUGUGGGUGUUGUGAUAGUGUCAUUGAGCGGGCGCACCGGCGACUGAAGCAUAAUGGGAUGACCGGAAAUACGGAUUCAUGGAAAAGGUUUGGCGUCGAGUCGGUCUCCAUUCCUCCCGCAAGAAGAGGGAUGGAAGCGGAACGAGCCAGGAAGUGACGUCAUCCGCUCCACCUGAGGCCGAGUAUCAGAACAUACAUACGCUGAGAACAGCUGAUUUGAUAAGACAAAGACAGGGGGAGGAGAAGUCGACGCUGCGCUCUUCUUACAUUAUAAGGAACGGGGAGAAUUUUAUUCUUGUGGAGAGAAGGCGUAGGCGGCGCCGCAGAAGCGGUACCAGGGCAUCAUCGGGUAGCAGGCACCAUACGCCGCCGGUGGAGGAGACUCGCACGGAGCAGAAGCGACGCCCUCCGGCUCGGCUGAAGAUCUUUGGCAUUCAAUGGCCUUUGCAUUCUAGUGACUCCAGACACACAUCAAUCACUCGGCGAUUCUGCCGCGGCCGCCGGUCCCGCGACGACAACGAGCUGUACCGCUCCAACAGCUUCAAGUUCGAGCGGUUCUCGCGCGAGCAGCCGGCGGAUGAGUUCGCUUCUCAGGCCGCCCUUUGCGCUGAUUACAGCGUGCCAGCCGACUGCAUAGCCGGACCCGCUCCCCGCCCGAGCUCCUUCCAUGAGAUAUCUGCACCUAAAGUUGAGUUCAUAGAGGCGUACUGCACGCCUCGCGACACAGCGCGUCGGUCGCCGCAGCGCAGUCGCCGCUCACGCGAACAACGCCGUUCCCCUGACUCCGCCAGAUGGCGCUACGACACACGCCGUAGCAACUACGACUUCGACUCUUGCCGUCGCCCCUACGACUACGAAUCCGGACGACGAUACCCGGGCAGAGAGUUUGACGGGGACUCUGGCAGACGCGUAGAAUUUGACGCGGAAUCAGCUAGAAGACGUGCUGACUACGAAUCGGCCAGGCGGACAGACUUUGAUUUGUCGGCUCCUGGUGUGUCCAGGAGAAGCCCUGAGAGCGCGCCAGAAGGCUCAGCCGAGUCACCGCCAGAGCCAGCUCCGUCGGCGCCGCUGAGACACGAGCGACAGCCCAGACAUCGCUCACAACCUUACUACGAAUCUGAAUCAACAUCCGAAGAUCCUUCUUCAUCGACGGACGGAGAGGAAGACGAAUUCGGUGAAUUCGAUCCUUUCGCAACAGCGCCAUCUCUGCAUUCUCCCGAUAGCGGUCGCUCAGACCCGAGAUACGCUAACGCGCCGCGUAGGAACCCUAGUCCUUAUUACUACGGCGACCUGUUUAAAACGUCUGCUCCUCCGCCACCGGCUCCGUCUGCCCCAACGGCGUCGACAACUUCUUCAUCGCGCGGCCCACGGUAUAGAAAAUCCGCCAGCUUAGACGCCCCGCACGUCGCUGCGCGCCCUAACUUGCCCAAGCGAUUCUCUGUCGCGGAGGAUGGCUUUCGUGAGUUAGAGCGGUCGUCAUCUUCGUCGGGUGAGAGCGCGUGGAUGCCGCCAAGGCGCCGUGGGCGUGACGCGGCCGGCUGCGCGUGCGCCGCGCCUGAAGAUGUAGAGGAGCACCGACCUUCUCGUAGCGUCUUUUACGUGCCGGCGCCGCUGCCACGCUGGCCGCAAGAGAUGACCACCCGCCAAAUUUACGAAACAGCCUUUGACUGUAAAAUCGCACGCUCAGAUGAUGACUUGGACGAUUUUGAUCGCGUUAGCAACCAUCCUGCACUUUUACAAGCUGAGGACAGGAAAGUCAUAUCUUCCGCAUCGUCCGCCUUUGAGGCUGUAGAACGUGGUGAACCAGAUUAUAAAGGCCGCCGAAAAGUUACAAUGAAAACUGAUAGCGUCCGUCGAUCAAAGAUUCCCACUAUCCGCCAGAAAAGAGAAAACGAAAGCAAUACGUCGGCAUUGUCUGAGGAGCUUGAAAAAAUACACAUUGAUGAGGAAGAUCGCAACGCUUCGACUUCUCAAUUACCACUACGUGGUUACACGCCGUCACCUCCAUCGACAGCUCCCCUGCCAACAAAAUUUCAGCAGAAAGACGGCUCCGCUAUGAAUAGCAUCAAAAGUGCCCCAAACUUGCCGCAAUCGCAACCAGCGCAUCCGCGACUGAAGGACUUACGGUUACCUGUUAAAUCUUUACGAGCACGAGAAACACCAACAAGCAGCGACGCUAGCAUGGUUGAUUUAAAGGGUUCUGCGUCCACUGAACUGGACGCCGCGCAACGCUUAAGCGCUGGUCGCGAACCUCGCGACACUGAUGACGAGAGGGGGCAAUCGAAGGACGGUAUUUUUUUAGAGAUUAAGGGCCGACCCACUUCCGAUUCUGACACACCAGAACUGAAUCGACACACAGGGCCAAAGGGGGUCGGUCCUAUAAUGGAAUUCAAAGGCAGGCCCGGGGCUCCACGUCCGAGGCGCAAAUACUCAAGUACCGAAAGUAUGGCAACUAGCAGUAGCGGUGGAAGUAUGGAAUCCCUUCGGAGUAGCACUAGCGAAGACAGGAGCAGUAGUAGUUCAGAAAGUCGACGGUCGUCUUCUCUUAGUUCACACAGUUCAGAUUCCGGUAAUGUCCCAUUUACAAAAUCGCAUCACAUGCAACUGUCGGUUGGACAUCACACUAAUAAACUUCAUAUUCUUAGUCCUAUAUCGGACAAAUCAUCGCAAGAACCUGCGUCCGAAACUUCCGAUAACAAUAGAAACAACAACUCUCAAAAAGUAUCUCCUGAGGACGUCGAAACUGGAAAUACAACAAUACAGACGACUGUUGAAAUUGUAGCAAAGCCUAAAAGGCGAGCAUUGCAAAAUCGGAAUCUAUUAAAUCUUACUUUCCGACAUUCGACAACAGCCGGUGACGCCGAAAUACAAGGAUCUGAUAGUGGUAUAUCAAUUCACUCCCGAGAAGGUGUCGACUCAAGAAACACAUUUAUCAACUUCAAGAACAGUAAUACUGAAGAAGAGCGUAAAGAUCUGGACCAAGAUCUUUCUGAUCUUCCAUUCGACAUGCCAAAGUUAAGAAGACGACGAGCUGAAGCUGAAGCCGAUCUCAGAUCGCUGCCUUUUGAUAUGCCCAAAUUACGCCGCAAAUUGCGAGGACAGUCGUUGCAGCUAAACAAUGACUUUGGAAGUGUCAUUUCAAAUGCAUCUUCCAGCCAAAGCGUCCAGGACUUAAAUCUAGGUAACAAGCACAAAGACAAAUUGACGUUGAACUUUGAUAGUGGAAGUGGUUCCGGCAGUUCAAAGGGAUUACAUCUGAACCUAGGACCCAUCAUUCCACCGAGAGAUCUUGUCGACGCAUCGCUACCGCUUGAUAGACAAGGAUGGUAUCACGGGACGCUAUCGCGCGUCGAAGCAGAAAGUUUGCUAAGGAAUGCUGAUGAAGGUGCUUUCCUAGUACGAAAUAGCGAAUCUGCAAAACACGACUAUUCGUUAAGUUUAAAGUCAACCCGUGGUUUCAUGCAUAUGCGAAUAUGCCGCAAUUCCGAGGGGUACACCUUGGGCGGCGCGGCCACGGCCUUCCCCACCGUCCCUGCUCUGAUGCGUCACUACGUCACCGCACAAAGACUGCCAGUGAGGGGGGCGGAGCACAUGGCCUUAUCCACUCCUUUACCCGCUGUUCUACUAUGAAUAUGUCACUUCGACUUUUGGGAAAUGAAAGAACCCAUGAAAAAACUUCGAAGAUAAUCAAGAAGGAUUAUUAAGAAGUUACGCUGAUCUAUCGGAAUUAGAUACGAGAGGAUAUUUACAAGCAUAUUCAGUGUCCUUUACGUUUUGAUUACCGUGGCAAGAAGCACAAUGCUAUUUAAUGUAUUAUUAAGGUAAAAGGACCCAGUGAAAACUACCAAAGAAUUAGAUUGUAAUUAUGUAACUAUCAUUUGCUACGGCAAAAUGCUCAUGUAUUUUGAUGCCCAGAAUUGUGUAGUCUGCGCUAUGAAAGAAGUUUCGAGUGACGGUGGUUUCUUUGGUUGCACACACUACGGCUGUAUUCUGUGACUCAGUAGCACUGCUAUUAUGCUAGUCCCAUAUCGCGGCAACUUGUACAAAGAAUAUUAUAAUUAUUUAUUCACAUGUUAAUCAGACAGCAUUAUUUCAAUAUGUUAAUGUGUAACGAAAUAGAUACUUUUGUUUAUUCCGCUAUGUAUCAGUUAACUUAAGCAUGUAUAAUUUAGCUAUCGGGUUCGAUAAACGAUUGACGCAAACAAUGAUAAUUGAUAACCUUACAAUAGUAAAAAUAUGUUAUGCUAUAACCGUAUUAUUCGACAGCUAUUUACGCAAUUAUACUGUAUACAACUAUUUAUUGAUUCAACGCUAUAAUACCUAUAAGUGCAGUCAUGUAUAUAAUUAUCGAUAUUUACUUAUAUUUUAAUCAUGGCCUAAAACUGAAUGAUUUUAAUAUUAUCCAUUUGCAAAUAAACUCCGUAUUUUAAUGGGAAUAUAUUCCAUCUAUGCUAGGGAGCGUGGGCGUGUAUUUUUAUGUUAAAUGUUGUAUUUUCUUAUACAUCUGAGUAAGUCGAUAUUGAACGAUCGCUAUGUCUGUAGUAGAUCGUACGUGUUGAUAACUAGUUACGUAAUCUUGGUUGUUGAUGCCAAGUUGCAAACGAUGUCAACUGGUAGAUUUGGUGACUGCUAGUAGAAGCCAAAGUAGGCACUAAAACUUAGUACUUUCGUGUGCUUUUUCAAUGGGAGUUUUGCUUUUGGCUGCCACAAUUUUAUUCCAGUAGUAUGACUGAUACCUAAAUAUUGAUAGGGACUCGCGAAUAAAAUGCAUUUCUUUGUGAACCAGAACUGUAUUACUUGUAAGGAUUUUAUUUAAUAGUAAGCUUACGCCAGUGUAAUGUAAACGGCACUUAAAUUCUGUAUUUACUAUAGAAAAGAUUGCACAUGUUAUGUAACUUUCACAUUGACUUAUUUAUAUUUUCUGUUAAGUAUUAGAUUUAAGUAGAGUAUGGCAAAUGGGGCCCUUGAAUGGUCACGGUUUGAACCCGAUCACGGAAGGCCGUGAGCCACGGGUAUGACCUGGCGUGUAGUAUAGUGGAUUCAGUAGACGCCAUGUUUAAAGUUAUUUCUGUGAUUUUGAUACAAGAAAAGCCAAAAAAUGUUGCAUGUUUAGUUAAAUACAUCUCUUAAUAUUUAUUACUUAAUUAAUCGUGUAUCCUUUAUUCAGUCGCUAACAAAACAUUUGAAAAACGUAAUAAUCUAUUCACAGUUUUCUUUUAUAUUUUUUUGCUAUGAAACCGUGUGUGGUUGUAUUCUUUAUUUGGUUAGUGACUGUCAAAUUGAUGAAAAUCAAAUCGAUCUCAUAUUCUUCCUCUUAAUGCUUCAGUUACCUUAGAUAUAAUUUAUUUAAUUUGUACCUGAUUUUGAAAUACGAGUAAUAUACGUUGUUUGAAACUUAAAUUACGUUUUUAACAGAUUUAUUUUGUUAUAAAUAAUGAUUUAAUUUUACUAUAGUAAUAUAUAGUACUAAUCCGUAGUUUUGUAUGGGAACGAGCGAAUUUCGAUGUAUGUGAGACAGUUUUACACGAUAUAUGUACGUAAGCAGUAAACCACCGCAGCGCAGCUUAUGCAAGCGUGCAACUAAUUUUAACUAAGUAGGUUUUAAUCAUAAUUUAUAAGUAAGCCUAGCAUACCAUGGGUCGGACGCUAUUUUAACUUAGAUGUUUUUCUUAGAAACGAAAACUAAUGACUUACCUUGCUAUUAUAGAAAAAUAAAUAAGAUUUCCUGGCUCCCCUCAUGGUUAUUAGCUCUCAAAUAUUAUGUAGUAAACGCAUAAUGGACGAUAGGAUAGUGAUAUAUUGUUAAAUUCUAAAUUUUUGAAAACGUGUCAAAUUUUUUUUUUCAAAAAUGAGGAUGUAGGUCCGGAUCAAAAGUUAGGUAAAAAUUAUAGCUUAACGUAGUUAUAAUCAAUUGUAAUUUUGAAAAUGUAGUUUGAAAUUGAUGAAAUAAAUUCCUUAAAAAAUA